AGUGAAACAUGGCACCUUGCUAGCACUGCAAGAACUGAAUCGCCGUUUGACAGAAAAAGACCAUAGGAUACAUCGCGCUUACUGUUUCGUGUUUUCAACUCUACGAUGCAGAAAAUCAAGUCUUUGAUGGCUCGUCAGGGUCUGAAGAGUCCCCAGGAGAGUGUGGUUGACAUGAGCCCUGUGGAGAGCUUCAGGACCCCCAGCAAGGAGGAGCUGAGGGAAUUGAGAGAACAACCCACUGAUCCACAGGCAGAACAGGAAAUCAUUGAUAGCAUAGAGGAAGUGUACUUCUCCAGUGACUCCUUCGACAUGGUGCAAUACGAGCUUGAGAGACUCCCUCCGGAUUUGAACCUUCUGGAGCUUGAGGAGUACAGAGAUAAGCUGAAGAGACAACAAGCAGCCGUAUCUAAAAGAGUGGCGAACCUCAUUUUGGAGAAACAGCCUUCCUAUGUUAAGGAGCUCGAGAGAGUGACAUCUCUGCAGACCAACUUGCAGCUGGCUGCAGUCAUCUGCACUAAUGCACGAAGGCAGCUUCGUUCUGCUAAAGAAGGCUUCACUGAAGCCAGUCUGGGGCUGUUAGCCAAUCAGAGACGACGACAGCUGUUGACAGGAUUGUUGAAGUCUUUGAGGACCAUAAAGACUCUGCAAAGAACUGAUGUUCGACUGAGUGAAAUGCUGGAGGAGGAGGACUAUCCAGGCGCCAUCCAGCUGUGUUUAGAAUGCCAGAAGGCUGCCAGCACUUUCAAACACUACAACUGUAUAAGCGAGUUGAAUUCCAAACUGCAAGACACUCUGGAGCAAAUCGAGGAACAGCUAGAUGUGGCGCUGUCCAAAACCUGCAAGCACUUUGAUGUCUCUCACUACACCAAAGUUCACCUGGCAUAUAAGCUGCUGGGCAAGACACAGACGGCCAUGGAUCAACUGCACAUGCACUUCACCCAGGCCAUCCACAACACUGUCUUCCAGGUGGUGCUGGGAUAUGUAGAGUUGUGCGCCGGCAACGCCGACACCAAGUUCCAGAAGAUGCAGUACAAGGACCUUUGCACGACAGGCAUAAAAUAG